AAAACAGAGGUAUUCUCUGAAACCCUAGAAAUCAAAACCUGUGUGCUUCAGCUGCUGGUGUUGGUUACGGCGGAGAGAGAAAGAAGCUCAGCAAAAUGGAACAGGUGCAAUGCUUUGGCCGGAAGAAGAACGCCGUUGCAGUUACCCACUGCAAGAGAGGUCGCGGUCUCAUCAAGAUUAAUGGCUGUCCAAUCGAACUGGUGGAGCCUGAGAUUCUUCGUUUCAAGGCAUACGAACCAAUCCUCCUUCUCGGCAGACACCGUUUCGCCGGAGUUGAUAUGAGGAUCCGUGUGAAGGGUGGAGGUCACACUUCUCAGAUCUAUGCCAUUCGUCAGAGUAUUGCCAAGGCUUUGGUUGCUUACUAUCAGAAAUAUGUUGAUGAACAAAGUAAGAAGGAGAUUAAGGAUAUUCUUGUUCGUUAUGAUCGUACUCUUCUUGUUGCUGAUCCUAGACGCUGUGAGCCUAAGAAGUUUGGUGGUCGUGGUGCUCGUGCUAGGUUCCAGAAAUCUUAUCGUUAGAUUUUUUUUUAUCUUUUCUUUCUGUUAUUGGAUUUGAUAUUUUCAUGUUAUUCGGUACUCUUGCUAUGCACUUGUUUCAAUUCAGUUUUGGUGGAUUUUCAGUGGAAUUAUAAAAGAUUUUGGUUAAUUCAAUUUGUGUGCUUUUUAAUUUA